AUGGCUUCUCUGGGCACGUCUCUGCCAUUGUGGCGGAGUCUCGCGCCCCGUCUAUCCAAAGACUUAUUGACAUGCCGCCAAUGCCUUCGAACCCAGGGCUACGCCGCCAAAUCCGUCCGCCGAUAUGGUGCAAUGCCUCCUCCCCAGCCGAACAAAAUCCGAUCGUCCCUCUUCACCGAUAAAAACCGCCAAUUCUUCACUCACAGUCUUCGCCAGUCUGCCGCUGCACCUGCCAUAAGUGCAGUUGCAGAGGGUUCCACCAAGGCAAAGUCGCGCAUGCCCAAGCUCAGCUCCAAGUCCGUCGCAUACUGGCUUUUGGGCAGCGCAGCAAGUGUCUUCGGUAUUGUGGUUUUUGGUGGUUUGACUCGUCUUACUGAAUCUGGGUUGAGUAUCACCGAAUGGCGACCUGUCACCGGCUCCGUGCCCCCAAUGAACGCGGAGGAUUGGGAGUCCGAGUUCGCAAAAUACCGUGCAUCCCCCGAAUUUCAGCUAUUGAACCCGCAUAUGACUUUGUCCGAAUUUAAGUCGAUUUACUACAUGGAAUGGAUCCACCGGCUUUGGGGCCGAUUCGUGGGUCUAUCGUUUGUCCUGCCCGCUGUCUACUUCGUCGCCCGGAAGAAGGUCUCCACGCCUAUGGCUUGGCGUCUUUUCGGUAUUGCCAGUCUGAUUGGAUUCCAAGGUUUCCUGGGUUGGUGGAUGGUCAAGUCUGGAUUGAAGGAUGAUCUCUUCGCGCCUGGAAGCAACCCCCGUGUGAGCCAGUACCGAUUGACCGCUCACUUGGGUGCUGCGUUUACCUGCUAUGUCGCUAUGCUGUGGAACGGUCUCGCUAUUUUGCGCUCUCACAGACUCAUGAAGGAUGCCGCAUCUGGAUUGAAACAGCUUGAGGCUCUGCGUGACCCUCGCCUGGCAAUCUUCCGUCGUUCCGUCGCUGGUCUGGCCCUUCUCGUCUUCACCACUGCCAUGUCUGGUGGUCUUGUCGCCGGUCUGGAUGCCGGUCUCAUCUACAAUGAGUUCCCCUACAUGGGUAAGGGUUUGGCACCUCCCACCACCGAGCUAUUUGAUGCCCGUUACUCUCGCCGCGAGGAUCGCUCUGACCUCUGGUGGCGCAACAUGCUUGAGAACCCUUCCCUUGUCCAGCUUGAUCACCGUAUCCUCGCUAUGACUACUUUCACCUCGAUCAUGGCUCUGUGGGCCUACAGUCGCCGCUCCCCAACUGUGAGGCGCCUUUUGCCCGUUCCUGCCCGCAAGGGUAUUCACGGUGUCGUGGGCUUUGCUUUCAUGCAGGUUGGCCUCGGUAUCUCGACUUUGCUCUACCUCGUUCCUACCCCGCUUGCGUCCGCCCACCAGGCUGGUAGUGUGUUGCUUUUGACUUGGGUCAUUGUAUUGGGUAGCCGUGUCUGGAACCCGUCUCGCACCGCGAAGCUGUUGCAGAUGGCUGCCAAGGGCCGUGGCCAACCGGUUUCCUUCUCGCAGACCUAUUCGCGCUCACCGGCGUCCUCGGCUGCCUCUGCCGUGAAGCAACUGUAA